CUGUUCAAGAAACAAAGCAGAGGUCACCGCAUUAAUAAUAGAUUAUUAUAUCUUUUUGAUCAGAAGAAUUUCUUUUUGAAAUUGAAAAUUAAUGGAUGAAUACCGUUGUGAAUUUUGUGACAAUAUAGUGACAUGCGGUGAGAUACACCUUUGCAACUUUCAUACGUUUGACGAUACGUAUUCACACUCACAGACUUUUUCAGAGAAUACCUUUAACAGCGCACAACUAUGGACAUCUUAUGAUCGUUCAUAUUUGGAUGCCAUUUCAGAUACUCGGGUAAUUGGCGUUCAAACGGAAGAAAAUGCAUCUUUAAUGGUUUCUUCAGAAAAUGCUGAGUCUUGUUUCAGACAUGAAAAUGAUUUUCCCGCAGCUUAUAACCUUUCAUCAGCUGUCAUAGAAUCAACUGGUGUUUACGAGGAAAGGCAAAGAAUAUCAGGUGUAUCCGAUCUGAUAUAUGCGACAGGUAGUGAAAAAGAUGAGAUGUCAUGUCAAGAGAACAAAUGGCUGUCUCUGAAUACCGAUAACAAAUAUUUUAUGGAUUCUUUAGAAUGUGCUAUUAGAAGAGGGCAUUCAGAUAGUAGCAAUAUCUCUGAACCAAGAAAACUGAUUGUGAAUCCUGAUUUCCUACCAGAAAGAAAUGAACCAGAAAAUGGCAAGAUACCUGUCUCGGAGUAUGUAACUGAUGAACAUACUUCACUUGAAAUACACUCAAAUGUUUACAGUAAGAGCGAGAAUAUAACCAUCAACUUGAAGGAACAUAUUUCUUCUAUAACAGAUAACAAUACUGUGGCUGGACAUUCAGGGAUGUGCCCUCGGAAGAAGAAAUUUCCUUGCACAUUAUGUCCAAAGGAAUUCAAUGAAAAAUGUAAUCUCUACGUUCAUUAUCGAACACAUACAGGCCAAAAGCCUUUUGUAUGUGAAUUAUGCAGAAGAACAUUUACUCAGAAAGGAAAUCGCGAUAGACAUUAUCGAACUCACACCGGUGAUAGGCCUUUUGUGUGUGAUUUUUGUAAAAGACCUUUUGCUUCUAAAGAUAGUCUGACAAGACAUGUUAGGACUCACACAGGAGUAAGACCUUAUAAGUGUCCAGUUUGUGGAAAGACAUUCUCUUAUAGAAGUAGUUUCAAUAGGCAUGUCAAGAGAAUGCAUAAAUGAUAUCAAUCUGCAAUUUACAGAAAAAAAUUAUUUUACUCUUGUAUGAAAAUAGUUUACAUUCUUAACCAAAAUGAAACAAUUUUAAUUGAAAGUUGUUACUAUUUUAUUUUAAAACUACUGCUUGAUUUUAGUUAUUUUGACGAUGUGUAUUCUUGAGAUCCUAUCUUUUGAGCUAUUGUUCUUUUAACUGAAGAUUGAAAAUGAAAAUAUGUUUUCAGUUCAGAUGCAUUCAUAUCUGCUUAUGGUUUCAACUUUGUUUAUAUCUUUUUAAAAAGUUUUUAAUCCCUAGUUCCAAUUCUCGAGAAUUAAUAUGAAAAAUACGCGUUCCCCUAAUGCAAUUAUUCCUUGUGUUAACUUGAAUGCAAAAUUAAAUAUUUCCGCAUUUCGUUAUAUCAUGUUUCAUUUCCUGUUUUUCCCAGCAUUUGAGGU